AGGUUGCUUCCCUCCAUGAUUAGUUUCCAUCCAUUGUUUCUUUAGGCCCCUUUGUUAGUUGUUGAUUUGUCUCUUCAUAUUAUAACUUUCUAGAAAUGCAUCCAAAGGCUUCAUAAAUUAAAAACAUAGGUUUGAUGCUCCAUAUAUUUUCAAACUUAACAUGGCAGUGCUUUUAUAGUCCCACCUGCCCACCAUCUCUCCCUCCUUCUACACUGCAAUUUAAAUUCUGUACAAACACAUUUUUGGCAGCUUUUGCAGUUUCUGCAAGAAUUCUCCCAGCAAACCAUCUCCAGGACCCAUGAAAUAAAGAAGCAGAUGGACAGACUGAUUCAUGAAACUAAAAGUGUAGAUUGUCGCCUGCAUAAUGUCUUCAAUGGUUUCCUCAUGCUUUCAAAUAUGCAGUUCAUUGAAAAUAGAGUUUAUGAUGAUGAAAUGGAUGAACUUGUAUCCAAAACUGAAGGAGGAGACAAAUUAGAACAGGAGAAAACCCGUGAACAGAAAGAAGCUGAUUUGAUUCCCAAGAUUCAGGAAGCCAUCAAUUUUGGGCUGCAGGUAUUAGACAGUGCCUUUGAACAACUGGACAUCAAAGCAGGGAACUCUGACUCUGAAGAAGAAACCAAUGAAAGGCUGGAACUGAUAUUGGAGCCAAAGGAUCUUUAUGUUGAUCGACCUUUGCCGUACUUAAUUGGCUCCCAACUGUUUAUGGAACAAGAUGACGUUGGGCUUGGUGAUCCUUCCAGUGAAGGUUCAGUGGAUGGUGACCACGGAAGCCUGAUGGACAGUGAAGGAAAAGAAGAAGAGGAACUGGAAGAACUUGGAACUAUAAGCGAUGAAGAUCAGAAGCAGAGAGCAGUAUUAAUGAGUGAUGAAGAUGAAGAUAUUUUUGGUGACUAUGAAAAGGGGGAAGAGGAAGAUGGUGACCUAGAAGAAAAUACAACAUUGAAAAGACCAACAUCGUUUACUGAUGAGCUUGCAGCCCGAAUCAAAAGGGAAGAGCCAAGUAAAGAACAGAAAGAACAAUUAU